AUGUCUACCCGACGUGUCACUCGUGCAAAAAAUGCAACUCAGCAUCCAGGUAUCCCAGACAUAACGCCAAAGAAGAAACACCGUACUGCAGAAGAAGUAGCUGCUGAGCUUCAGUCUAAAUUAGAUGCUAAAGAAGAGAAAGAACGCACCAAGAGAGCUGGCAUCAAACGCGUUGCUAAAUAUGAGAAGAAGCAGGCGGACCAGGAUGUGGUGACCGAUGCUACACCUAAGUGUGUUCAUACUGUCCAGCGUGUUGCUGACUCCUAUCGAAGCUUCAUCGGCUCAGCAGCCAUUGCGAUCAUCAUCGCAUACCUCGAGUCCCAGGAGACACUCAAGCACUCGGACGAUAAUCGUGUCGAAUUUGCUACUUACACGCUGGACAAGCUUCGCUUCUUGUACAAGAAGGCAAACAGUGACAAUAAAUCUAAGUUCCGCAGACUUUAUCAAGGUGCCUUCGUGGUGCAAACGUUUGGCGCCCACUUCACUGCUAUCAACGGCGCUCGCAAGAUACAUGGACUAGAGAAGCCGGGAGAAAACUUGAAUCCUGUUGGGGGUCUAGCGCUGUCAUGUGCUGCGGUUGAACGAGCAUUGACACUUAUUGCUACUCGUACUAUAACCAUCGAAAUGGUUCUCACUGCCAAGGGCAAAUCUAUACCCUUGCCGAAGACACUCAAUCACUCAACCGGCAAAGUCUCCAAUCGCCAAACGGGCUUCAAUGACGUCACCUGGGGUUCUUCCACACGCUCAUAUGAAUUUUCCAAGAAAAGCCAUCGUUCUGGCAAUGAUAGAGCCGUCGAUGACGCUGUGGAUGAUGAAGAUCUCGACGAAUGUGCCCAGCUCAUGGACAUCUCGGAGUCUGAGUCUGGGUCCGAAGACUCGGAUCAUACUAUUGGCUCUGACGCGGAGUAG